GUUGAGUACAGCGUGUUUCAAAGCGCUGACUGGACGUCGGCGAGAUCCAAAUCAGAGACGACUAAGGUGUACGAGCUGCGUCCAGAAACGCAGUACAAUUUCAGGGUGGCUGCGGUGACCAGUCGAGGUGUGGGAAACUGGUCCGAGGUGAAAUCCAUCACCCCUAAGAAAGCCCUGCCUCCUCCCUCUGUGAACCUCGACAGCAUCACCAACGACUCCAUGAGCCUGUCCUUUACAUUAAACUCUGAGUACAAAGUGGAACAGUACACUGUGAUCCUGUCCUGGCAGUUUGACACACACGUGAAGGAGAACAGAAACUACACGCUCACAUCAGGGGUCCUCAAAGCUACAAACCUGACAGCAGGGACGGUGUAUGAGGUGGCUGUGUGGGCUCACACCAGCGUCGGAGACAGCCCCACCACGCUGACACAUCAGCAGACCAAAGGCCAGCAGCCAGAGCGGCCCCUCCUGAAGGCCAAGGCUGUCAACCAGACAGCUGUGGAGUGCAGCUGGACCGUCAGUGGAUCGCCUGCUCAGGUGUACGGUGUGUUUUAUGCCACCUCCUUCCUGGACUUCUACCUCAGUCCUCGUCAGGUGCGCACACCCUCUGUCGGCCUCACAGUGACCGUAGACAGCGAUGAGCAGUUUCUCUUCCUGGUGCGGGUUGUUGCUCCCUUCCUGGGUCCUCCCUCCGACUACGCUGUGGUGAAAAUGAUUCCCAAUGAAAAGCUGCCGCCCAGGAACCUCCACCGUGUGCGAGUCGACAAAACUCAGGCUACGCUCAAGUGGCAGCCCCCCUAUGACAGCCCAAGCAAACCUUUGACAUAUGCAAUACACAUGCGGGAUGUGAUUCGUAAGGUGGAGCGGGACUACAAGCUGACCACCCAGAACAACACAGUGGAAUACGUGCUGAAAGGCCUGGAGCCUGGAGGGCGAUACAGCAUCUCUGUGCGCCUGCGAAACAUGAGCAAGGAGGCCAGCUUCACCCUCAGCACAGUUCCUCUUGCGGCGCCUGAAGCCCUGAAAUUUUUGACGGAGAAGGAUCACAUAUAUCUCUUCUGGAAGAGCCUGGCUGUCCGAGAGAAGGGCUUCAAUGAGAGCAGGGGGUACGAAGUGCGUGUGUUUGACAGCGUGACCAACAAGACGUCGUCCCUGGGAAACACCACAGACACCUUCUUCAGGAUCAGCAGCCUGCUGGUGGGACACAACUACACGUUCUCUGUCCAGGCUCGCUGCCUGCUCAACGGGCAGCUGUGCGGGGAGCCUGCAGUGCUGCUCUAUAACCAGCUCAUAGGGACCAGCGAUGCAUCCCGCAGCGAGGCCCACUCAGGCGACACAGCGGCCGUGGUGGUUCCCGUCCUCUUCCUGCUGCUGCUGGCUGUUUGCGGCGGAUUGGUGGUUCUCUACCUCCGACACCGGCGGCUGCAGAACAAUUUUACCGCCUUUGCCAACUCCCACUACAACUCUCGGCUCGGCUCGGCCAUCUUCUCCUCCGGGGAUGAACUGGGUGAUGACGACGAAGAUGCUCCCAUGAUCAGCGGCUUCUCAGACGACGUUCCCAUGGUUAUCGCAUAGCGUGGCGUCCCCGUCGCCCAUUUCUCUCUGUUCCCUUCUUUCCUCUCCUUCAACCCUUUAGUCCCCUUCGCUCUCCGUCAGCAGUGCGGCACGAUGGAGCGCAGAGCCACCGGGCGGAAGCUCGCCACCACCCCAAAGUCAUCUGUAGGAAUCCACCCCAAUUAGCAGAAAAACGUCAAGAAAAAAUGGAAAUGUGUAAAGAGAGAGAAAUAUUUUUCAAAUGUACAUUGCACUUUUUUUGGAUGCGCAAUAACUUAUUUUUUAUAAUGUUAAAAAUAUAUACGGGGGUCAAAAAAGGAGCGGGAGGAAAAGGUGGACGCUGGAGCAAACUGUGAAGGAUUUGAGUUUGUGGAGCUCGUCAGGGAAAGCGUGACCCUGUCGCAAACUCGCCGUCCAUAGGAGGCGUCCAUUGCUUAAAGCCAAAAUAAGCAUCCCGAGGCUGGAAUAUAGAAUGCAAAAAACACACAUUUAAACACACAAACAUAUAGACUUACGCUGUAUACACAAUGUUUAAACAUAUUUUGGUAAGAGUACAGUUUGUCCUGUGGCGGUAGAUGUGACGCUGGUGCCCUGUGAGAGGAGCUAACUGUGGAUCGUGGUUCCUGUUUGUCCUGUUGACGGAUCGGGACGCACACAGGUGACUGGUGGCAUCACGUAGGUACACUCUUCUUUUCCACCAGCAGCACCGUGUUAUGUCAGUAGAGGCGGCACGCGAUUGGACGAUUCCUGGCUUUGACACCCUCCCAUCCUGCUAGCAUCGCCGAGAUCACCUGAAUGAAUUUGUAAAUAUCGGCUUUUAAAAUGUCCUCUUCUUGUGAUGCUGCACCACGUCGUUUGGUAAAAUUGAGUUCUUUUGUGUUUCGUUUGUGUUGUUCAGGACCGCGAUUUAUUGUCCGCAGCAUUUUGCCAUAGCUGUAGUGCUCAAGGAAGCGUGUUUGGGGUUCUCAGGGAACUGUGUCGGAGCAGACACCAGCCCAUCACCGCGGCCGUGGCUGAGGCAGCGCCGUCCGUCUGCUGAAAAGUCCGAAGAGGUACCGGGCCGGCCGUGGGCACAGACUGCUGUGAAUGAGAGUCGGGCUCACUUUGUAUCUCGUCGUUUUAUUGUUCAUUUGGCAUCUUUUUAGAGAGAACUGUGUCCCUGUGGGUGGUCCCACACAGUCAUAGUGGAUUUUAUCAUGAGAAAAUAAAACAGUCCAUUCAGGGAAAGUUUGCAGAGCUUCACGUCCGACAGCCUGGCGUUGCAUCAGGGGCAGAAAGUAUAUAUGGAUGCGUUAAAUAUUGUGCUCCCGCCCUCCUCGCCUGACUGUGCCGCAGUCGGUUAGCAGACGUCGGCGUGUUGCCGUGGAGCCGAUGGUGUUCUUUUUUUUGUUGACCUCACUCAUUUUGUUCGUAAAGACGUCUUCAUGAAUGUAUUAUGUAUGGUCCCAGCUCGUUAUGCUACUGUCCCCACCUGUGAAGUCAGUGCACACACGCUGCUCUUCGCCCCCCUGCAGUGGGAAACAGCCUUUAUGUCUCUGCAUGCAAACUGCAGCUGUUCUGAAACCUUCCCAUUCACUGACCCAGAGCGACAAACCGAUGUUUCCUUUCGUCAUCUCGUCCCUGGCUCGGAUCAUCAAACGGUGUCUGUGCUGACAUUUUUCCUCAAGACUCGAGCUUGAUUUCACGCAGCUCUGCGUCCUGUUCAUGAGGCACUUUGUUCCGUUUCUUGGCCUUAACGACAGAUUUUCUGGCAUCGAUGCUGUUUUUUGCUCUGUGGACUCGGUGUUCUCUGUUUUGCCACAUAAUGCCUUAUUAGAACACGUUAGGUUUCUAUGUAAUUUAUGGUAAAUGGUAAAUGGCCUGUAUUUAUAUAGCGCUUUACUAGUCCCUAAGGACCCCAAAGCGCUUUACACA